AUGGAAGCAUUGGUUUAUACAUUCCUCUUAGUCUCGACUCUAGGGAUAAUUUUUUUCGCUAUCUUUUUUCGAGAACCGCCUAAAGAAAAAACUAAAAAGAUGAAAUUCUUUUUCAUUAUCUCAAUUUCAGUAAUGAGCCCCCCAAUAUGGGGAGGCUCAUUACUUCAACUAGUCCCCGUGUUCCUCGAAUGGAUCUCUUAG